CGCGCGGGAAGGGGCAGUAACUCCCGCUCAGUCUUCUUCAUUUUUUUUUUUUUUUGUUUAAUCAAUUGAGUUUCAAAUUUAAAUACGAACGCAUUUAGGAGACACUGCCCUCUGUUCCCUCUUCGCCAAUACUUUAGGGUUCUAUCGAUCUUUUCUGCUCUCUUCCAAGCAAAGCUCCGGGCUCGUCUGUAGUGGAUUCUUAUCUUUUUGCCUUUCACUUUUUGGCGCCAAUUAACUUACCUGCUUGGACGUGUUAAGUAGCGAAUUGAAAACUAAUGAUAUUGUAAUGCUGUUCUAUCUAAUCCAUGAUCCUGUCUUCUUUGUCAUGAGGCAGCCGCUGGUUUACGGAAAGGUUCUUGCACAUGAGAUCAGAAACAGAAAGAAAAACAAAACAGCUUCAAUGGUUAACAGAGCCUGCUGCCUCGACAGUAUGCUUCUGUAAUGCUAAGACUUCAUUCACAAGUCUUACCCCUGUGAAGGAUGUGUUAGCAAAAAGCCUCUUGUUCCUAGCUUCCCAUAAUUUCCAGCACAGCAACCAAAUAAGAAGAAUCUAAGGAUGACUUCUCCAGCUAGGAUUUAAAUUGGAAGUUAACCAUUGCUCUAGAGGGAGGUUGUGGAAGCAGGAGUUAACUCAUUAGGCAAAAUUGGCUGCCAGCGCUCUUGAGCUAGAGAACAAUCACGUCAGACGUGCCAUAGAUCUUCAGUUCUUUGUCUGCAUAGAGCACAAGUAUCAUCUGGACCCUGGGGACAUAUGUCUCUUGACUCUCUUUGUUUGUGAGCAGCUUAUCUUUGAGACUAAACCAAAGAAAAACUCUAUCUCUAACUCUCUGAGCCCCUGGCCAUUUCCAAGUCAGUUUCCAUUUAGGAUCAGUAUUAUCCCAAGAGUUAGCCAUAGCCAAUUCGUAAGCAGAGGCAACAGAGCAUAUGCCUCUUGCUUUUACAGCCAUUGCAAGGUCCCAAUAAACUUAUGGAGCAGGCAAAGUCCAGACUUGAUGUUAAGCCAGGGCCAUUCAGCUCAGGAUAUUUGAGAGAUCCAGCAUUUAAUGGGAGGAAUGAUGUCAUUUUUGAGGAGGCUAAAGGUUAUCCCCAAAAACGAAGGCCAGCUUUAGGCCACAAACGCGCACAUUUCUCAUUGAAGCCUGAUAAGAUUUGUCCUAGUGAGACUUUAAAACCAACUGUGGACAUUGAUUACUUGAAGGAUCCAGAGGAGUUUUUCAUGGCCUAUGAACGGCUGGAAAAUGCCAAAAGAGAAAUACAGAAGCAAAUGGGUGGUGUAUUGUUCGAGCUAAACAAGAACAAUAAAUCCCCUCAUGCACGGCAACGUCGACCAGGACUCUUGAGAAGUAACCAGCGGAGGUUGGUCAGAUAUAAGCACCGGUAUUUAGUGGAAACUUCUGACAAUCAUUAUCAAUUGCCUUCCUUUCAAGAGAUAUUUGAAUCAGGCAGUCAAGGUCUUGUUGGUGAGAGCACAGAGAAAACAGGGCCUUGUCUUGCAUCAUUGGAGAGUGAACUAACUGAUUCAUCUGCUGUGGAAGAAAAGAUAGAUGAUAUAUUGAAUGAAUUGCAGCAUAGUAGUUGUGAGGAUCUACAAGGAGAUGUAGCUAUCCCACAUUUGCAAGAGAGCUUACAGAUCAGACCCAUUGUCUUACAAAAAUUGUCCAUUCCAGACUUAGCAGAUAACCAACUGGCUGAUUCGAACUCUUUUGGAUGUAACUUGUCUAACCCAAGGAAGGUUUUAUCCAACAAAGGUAAUUUGUUGAAAACGAUGCAAAAUAAAACACCGUUGAAGCAUAGAUGGGAUGCAGGAAGCACUUUGCGACAUUUGCCUUCAGCUCUUCCCACCCCACCAAAGAGUCCAUGUGCUCUCCUAUCAUCAUUAUUGAAGCAUUGCUCAUCUUCGAGUUCCUCAGUUGAUCCAUUUCCUUUAUUUGAUAAUGAUAAUUUGCCCACAAGAAACACUCCUGAAGUGAAUCAGGAAAUCAAUCUUAUCAAUUCUGGAAAUCCCUUAAUUAAAGAUGUUGUAGUCUGUAUGACAAGCUCAGUUGGGGGCACUAGAAAUUGUGCCAAUAUAUCUGGAAAAUCCAGGGAAGAUAAUUCAAAGAAACUUGGUGUUGAUCCUAAUUUUAGCUCAAAAGAAUCUCUUCUUGACAUUGAUUUGGAUAUGGGAUGCAUUGACACUGGUGAUGGAAAUGUGGAUGCUAUAGUAUGCAGGCCAAAUUCUGAGGUACAUGAAGAAGAUAUGCAGGAAGCAGUGCCUUCUGUGUCUGCAGAUGACCCAGAACUUAACUUGGUGAAUCCGCUGGAUCAAUCAAAUCCUGUCGGGCUUAAAUCCAAUGCUACAGAUGAAUGCACUGUAACAUCCGAUGAUGGUGAAGCAGAACAGCAUUUUCAGGUACUAGAGAAAACCAAAGCUUCCAGGGCAUCUUUCAAACAAAGGAAAGACAAAUCAUAUUCACGGAGAGAACACAAGAAUAAAAUACCUUCUAGAAGGCAGAACCUUGCAGCUGCUGGUAAUUCUUGGAAGUCUGGGGUAAGGCGAAGCACUAGAAUCAAGACAAGGCCUCUGGAGUACUGGAAAGGAGAAAGACUUGUAUAUGGUCGUGUUCACGAGAGUUUGGCCACUGUCAUUGGGGUGAAGUAUAUGUCUCCAGGAAGCACUGAUGGUAAACCGACUUUGAAGGUGAAGUCUUAUGUUUCAGAUGAGCACAGAGAGCUCUUGGAAAUGGCUUCUAAAUACUGAAGCGUUAUUCUAUUGAAAACAGCGUGGGUCUUGUGUUUUGGCUAAAGUAGUAGCAAAAGUUCAUUAUGCCUGUUUAUCCUCCUGUAUGUUCUAACUUGGCAUGUCUUUUUUUUGGGUAAAAAUAGAUAGGAUAAAAAACUUACUUAUGCCCUGUUCGGUAGGAGGUAUUGGGAAAACCCACUAGUACAAUAGUUGUGGUGCUUGAUGGCUAUGCACGGUGGUGCUGGACAGAUUUGGAUUCAA